GAUCGAGACAAACGCAUCAAUUUCUUCAUCGGAAUUCAUGACGGCAAAUUCGGACGAAUCUAAUUCGGAAAUUUUGCCAUUUGCCGAUAAUAUUGAACCGCUUGCUUCGCCCGAUGAAAUUGCUGAGUACGAAGCUGCAGUCGCAGAAGAACGGCAGGUUGAGGACAUGCUGCAAGAUCGUUUUGAUGCCCGUGUUGAUGUUACUUCAUGGUGUGAAUGUGGCCAUUGUUCGUUGGAUCUUGUUGUCAACCCUCAAGAGUGCCGAUGCUGCAUGGAAUUAGAGCAAUGCCGUGGCAAAAUGAAUCAGUUCGAAGUCGAUGAAAGAAAAUGCAUUUUGAUCACCUGGCUUUAA